GCUGAUUGCAGAUACGCAACAGUUACUACGAUUGUGCUGUGAAGGCGGAUGCGAUUUCAUCCGAGUGCGGAGCUGGUGACGAACAACGAGAGUGCAUCAACAAGCGUCGACUUCCGGGAGAGAUGGUGGACUGUUUGUUGUGAAGAUUCGUGCCAUUCUGCCCACGAGGAGUGGGAGGAGAGCGCAAGGCGGAGGACGGGAGAACAGGAGCCCAUAACGAGCGACGAACAGGAAAAGUGCAUGAUGGGCGAUGAAAAGGAGGAGCGCGUGAUGAAGGAGGAGGAGGAGGAGGAGGAGAACGCGAUGGCUAGGCCCCCCGUGUCCAUACCAUUUUGUGUGGGAGGACGAGUGGGAGGAGGAGUGGGAGGAGGAGGUCCGGAUGACGACAGACGAGGAUGGGGAGGAGGGCGAUCAGAACAGAACGCAAAGGAGUGCAAGGAGGAGGCCCUGGGGGAAGACGACGAGUGGGAGGAGAAGUGGGAGGAGGCGGCCCUGGGGGAAGACGAGGAGUGGGAGGAGGAGGCCCUGGGGAAAGACGAGUGGGAGGAGUGGGAGGAGGAGGCCCUGGGGGAAGACGGCGAGUGGGAGGAGGAGUGGGAGGAGGCGGCCCUGGGGGAAGACGACGAGUGGGAGGAGGUGGACGGCGAGAACAGGAGGAGCUACGAGUAGGGCCGGGAUGGCGAGGGGAGGCGGGAGGAAGGAGGGGGGGAAGGAGGGGGAGUACGACGAACCUAGUGGACGAAUGGAAGAAGGGGGGUGGGGGAAGACGAUGAGCAGGAGAAGGGGGACUACGAACGGGAGGAGUGGCAGGAGGAGGAGCGCGAUGAGGAGGAAGACGACGGUUGGGAGGAAGAGCGGGAGCAAACGAGUACGCGGAGGGAAGGGAGGAGCGCGACGAGGAGGGGGAAGACCACGGGUGGGAGGAGGAGCGGGAGCAAAACGAGUACGA